AUGCAGCUAAAAUUACCAGACGCCCUGGGCCUGGGCUCCCUGUUCACAAUGGCCCUCUCGCUCUUCUCUGGUGGUGAACAGCGCCGUCUAGUCACCCAUCAACCAGCCCAGCCUCCCUCAUAUCCCCUCGCUGUCCGGAAUCCAUAUCUCUCAACAUGGAUGCCCAGCGAUCAAGUCCAAACGCUACCAUACGCAGAGCCGCAGUUCUGGGCCGGCCAGAGCCUCACUUGGUCCGUAAUGGCCCGUGUCGAUGACCAGACGUACAGCUUGAUGAGUGUGAAGAACCCGGGGAAUACGAACAUUCGCCCGGCGGUUGUGCGGAGCGCAGAGUAUACGGCGACUCAUUCGAUGUUUACACUCUCUGCUGGGAAGGUAGUUUUUAUGUUGGACUUUUUCUCGCCCGUGUCGCCGUCGGAUUAUUUACGGCAGUCGCUUCCGUUUAGUUAUUUGACCGUGUCAGUGUCGGAGGCUUUCUCGAAUGAUAUCCAGAUCUACUCGAGUAUCGAUGGUAGAUGGACUGGAAAACAAAGCGAUACGGUACGAAGCUUCGAACAAUCAGGAUCAACGGCCAUAUACGCUUUAUCCCUGGGGAAUGCUUCCUUGUAUGCAGAGGAUAGUGACAUGGCUACUUGGGGACAAGCGAUUCUGACCUCGCGCCCGACUUCCUCAUCGACACUUUCCGCGGGCUCAGGUAAACGGGGAGAGUUGCGUUCCCAGUUUGUGAAAAAUGGAAAGCUAGCUGGAAACGACGGUCCAUGGUUUCGUGAGGGCAUCGUAGCUUUGGCUCAUGAUCUGGGGAAGGUUACAGGGCAGCAGUCGGUUAACUUCGCAGUCGGUUACGUGCGAGAACAAGCAAUCAGCUAUUUGGGUAAGGCUUAUACAGGAUACUACCGAGCUAAGUACCCGCAGACUUCUCAGGCUGUAUCGUAUUUCUUGGACGACUAUUCGAGUGCAUUGGCAGAAUCUCGAAUUCUAGAUUCGGCAAUAACUGCGCAGGCUAGGAAGGCGGGUGGUCAGAAAUAUGCAGAUAUUGUCUCUUUGUCCACUCGUCAGGCAUAUGGAGCGAUCGAUGUCACCAUCCCGGAUGAUACGAAGGAUCCUAAUGAUGUGCUGGCUUUCAUCAAGGAGCUCUCUAGCAAUGGAAACCUGAACACGGUGGAUAUUAUCAUGCCCGCUUUCCCCAUCUACUACGUUCUGGACCCGGACUAUAUCCGAUUGUUGCUCGAGCCGAUGAUGCGGUAUCUUGCUGCUGGCCGCUGGCGUUGGCCGUAUACCAUCCAUGACAUGGGUGCGCAUUAUCCGAAUGCGACAGGCCACGAUGACCAAAAAGCGGAACCAAUGCCCAUCGAAGAGUGUGGCAACCUGAUGGUUCUUGCUCUGGCUUAUGUGCAAGCGACAGGCGACACGGACUGGACCAGUCGAUAUCAGGAUGUGAUCCGGCCGUAUGCGGACUAUCUCGUCGAUAACAGCGUCAACAUCGCGGAGCAGCUGUCUUCAAACGAUGCAGCCGGGCCUCUUGCAAACGAGACCAACCUUGCCAUUAAAGCCGCAGUCGGUCUGAAGGCUUUUGGGGAAUUGACAGGGCUCAAGGAGUAUUCCAUCAUUGGCGAUGAGCGCGCUGCAUUGUUCUUCAACCAGGGCCUUGGGACAGAUGGCGAGAAAACUCAUUUCGUACUGCAAUACCCGGAGCAACCUCACUCAUGGAAGACCCCAUAUAACAUCUAUCCUGACGUGCUGUUCAAUCUUGGAACCUUCCCUAAAGCUGCAUACGAGAUGUCAAACACGUUCUUCAAGUCUGUCCGCUCCGAAUACGGCGUACCCCUGGACAACCGGCAGGAUUGGGCCAAAUCAGACUGGAACAUGUGGCUGGCGGGUACAUUUGACAGGAGUACGCGCGAUGAGUUCAUCGAUGAUUUGUGGGCAUUUAUGACAAAUGGUCAGCACAACUGGCCUUUUUCAGAUCGAUAUAUUGCCACCUCUGCCCUGGGGAAUACGCCUGGUGUUCCAGUUCUAUGUCGAGCUCGUCCGACAGUCGGUGGACACUUUGCGUUGAUGGCAUUGCAGGGCCCGAAGUCUUUGCAGCAGGCCAUGUUGAGCGCUGAAAGGGAGGAGCAUAAUGACCAGUAUUUCUUUGAGCCCCGUCCUCCGCACGCUUUCGGUCCUCAAGGCUAUCCUCUCCCUAACGGUGCCGCCGUGCCUACUCCUAAUCCUGCCCCCGGGGCUGCCCCUCUUCUUCCCAACAACGGCAGGGUUAUCCAGAAUGGUCCCGUGAGGAUAUUGUGUAUUGCGGAUGUCAGAGGAAAUCUGAGGUCUUUGAAUGAACUGGCCAAGCAGGCCCGCGCAGAUCAUAUCAUUCAUACCGGUGACUUUGGUUUCUACGAUGACACUUCGCUGGAUCGGAUUGCAGACAAGACCCUGAAACACGUGGCGCAGUACUCGCCUCUGUUGCCAGAGAAUGUCAAGCGGUCGAUCGCCCAGGCCCCCCACCAGCAGUCCAUUAAGCAACGAUUUUCGCAAGAACAGCUCCCGCUCUCCGAGCUUUCGAUGCUGCUCGACAAGCGGCUCACCCUCGAUGUUCCUGUUUACACUGUGUGGGGUGCAUGUGAGGAUGUGCGCGUGCUGGAGAAGUUCCGCUCGGGGGAGUACAAGGUGGACAAGCUGCACAUUAUUGAUGAGGCCAACUCGAGAUUGUUGGAUAUCGGCGGUGUGAAGCUGCGGUUGCUGGGUCUGGGUGGUGCCGUGGUGAUGCACAAGCUGUUCGACAACGGCGAGGGGAAGACUACGAUUGCUGGUGGUCAAGGUACCAUGUGGACAACUUUGCUCCAGAUGGGCGAACUGAUAGACACGGCCAAUCGUGUAUACGACCCGUCAGAAACGCGAAUCUUCGUUACACAUGCCUCGCCGGCCCGUGAAGGAAUGUUGAACCAGCUGUCCGUCACCCUCAAGGCUGACUUUUCCGUCUCCGCCGGCCUGCACUUCCGUUACGGUUCGUCCUAUAACGAGUUCUCCGUCAACCCCUCCCUCGACCACUACCGUGGGAAGCUGGCCGCUUCGAAGGCUUCCUUCAACGACGUGUGGGAGACUGUUCGCGGCGAAGUCGAGACCGCCAUUUCCUCCAACGAAGCCCAGAAGACACUCCUGGAUAACGCUCUCGACGUGGUGCAGAGAAUGCCUACGAUCGCCAACGGUGGCAACCCGUUCGGUGGUCCUAGCGCUGCAGGUGCGGCAGCAGGUCAAGUUGACGAGAGCGCUUUUAAGAACAUGUGGAACUUCAACCUUGCUGACGCAGCGUUUGGCUUCUUGGUCCUCGAGAUCGAAAGUGGACGUAUUGCCACGGAGAUGCGUGCUCAGGGAUUCAACUUUGCACACCGUACCGGCAAACCCGUUCCUGCUGCUCAGCUUCCCGCUGGCGCAGCUCCCGCCAACGUUGCCCGUGGACCUGGCGGUCCUCCUCAGUUUGGACAAGUUCCUCGUCCUGGUGGACCUGCCCAACCACAGGUUCCUGCGGCGCAGCCCCUGCCUCAGCAACCGUCGCAACAGCUACAGCAGCAGGGUCCAGUCAAGGGUCAACCUGUCCCUGUUAUCCCUAAGCCGGCAACUCCCCAGCCCCCUGCUGCACCCGCCACUGCACCAUCGGAGAAACCUGCCACUGGCGAAGCUAACGGUACCGCACAGCCAGAAAAGCCAUCUGAAUCGCCAGUUGCCAAGGGUGAGAAGAAGCUGAGCAACGGUCUUUUUGUAUCAAACGUGGAAAAUGAGCAGGCGGUCCGUGAUCUCUUCUCCGAAGAGGACAAGGCGAAGAUAUUAAAGAUUGAGAAAUGGGGCAAGUAUAACAACCACGUCGUGACUUUCACGAAUGUCGAAGAGGCCAAGGCUGCGCUGGAUCGUCAACCCACGGAGCACAAGAAACCUACCCCGUCUGGGCAACCCCGCAAGCCCAACAUCAAGUUCUUCGAGGACCGUAGCCACCGUGGUGGUGCCGGUCAAUGGCAAGGAAGCAACAGAGGUACAAACUCCCAACGGGGCUACCAGAGUGGAGGUGCCAGUGAUAGCGAAGGAGGAAGAGGCCGUGGAGGAUUCGGACGUGGACGUGGUCGUGGAGGUGACCGCGGUGGCCGGGGUGGACGUGGACGUGGAGGCUUCAACAAGGGAGGUGUCCCAUCGUCAGAGUCUCCUGCACCGACAUCGACGCCAUCCGGCGACAAAGGCGACGCGUGA